CAAAAGUUAGUCUUAUCUUUUAUUAGCAUUUCGUUUCCGGUAGCGUAACUGCAAUGAUUCAAGUGGAAAAUACUUCUUUGUGACUGAUUUUGUUACCCAUUACUGUGUGUGAAGAAUUAUUUGAAUCACUUUGUGUACUGCAUUUGAGUAAUGCCAGCAUUUAAUCACGGUUUUAGAGCUGUUAAGCUCAUAUUCGGCAUUUCAGGCGGGGUUGCGUUUGGAGCAGCUGCAGUUGGAUAUUCUCGCCGAGAGCGCGAUGGAUUCCUCCCCACAGCUCUGGCGGCGUGGACUACCAACCACAACCCCAGUGUGAGAUGGGAUACAAACUGGGAUAAGAGAGAUCCAGAAAGCUUGAUAAAUCCAUCUAGGACUGAGGUCGACUCUAAGGAUCCAACUACCAAACUUACCGGAGUGAAACCUACAGCAACCAGGCAUCUAAUCCUCAUCAGACAUGGGCAGUAUAAUACAGACGGAAUCACUGAUGAUGAGAGGAUACUAACUGCACUUGGUAGGGAACAAGCUGCAAUGACAGGACAGCGUCUGAAGGCACUGAACCAUCCCUACACCACCAUCAUUAACUCCACUAUGGCUAGAGCUAUAGAGACUGCAGACAUCAUCAGUGCACAGAUACCGGAUAUACCUCGUGAAACAUACUGUGAACUCCUGAGAGAAGGUGCUCCUAUCCCUCCUGAACCACCAGUAGGUCAUUGGAAACCUGAAGUAAAGCAGUUCUAUGAGGAUGGAGCUCGUAUUGAGGCUGCUUUUAGGAAAUACUUUCACAGAGCUGACCCUGCUCAAACCGAGAAUAGCUUUGAGGUCAUUGUAUGUCAUGCUAAUGUCAUCAGAUACUUUGUAUGCAGAGCUAUGCAGUUUCCACCCGAGGCAUGGCUUCGUAUGAGUUUAUAUCAUGGCAGUAUAACUUGGGUUUCAAUACGCCCCAGUGGACGAGUCUCACUAAGAGCUUUAGGUGAUGCAGGAUUCAUGCCUGCUAACAAGGUCUCCGUUUCAUAAUACUCAUCACUGCCAGGUCAGAUACCUUAGGAUCUUCAUUCGGGUGGUAUUCCAUAUCGUUUGUUCAGAGCCAGAAGAAUUUUAAUUCUGUAAACAUAGGUUUAUGCCCUUUUGAAUGUUAGAUGACAUGCCAAGAUCAUGAGAAACUAUUGAAAUAAUAGCAAUUCAUUUGUGUGUUCUAUAUUGUAAAGCAUUACUUUUGUAUGCUUAGUUGAUAGGGAGACUAUGCCGUACCAGAUUACAUGUACAAAUAGUAAGUGUAUACUUUUUUUGUGUGAAUUAAAACAAAAAAACUACCUGAAGUCUUUGGCAGAUUUAAGAUAAACUCACUGAACGCCAUGAAUGAUACCCAUUAGUAGACGCCUGGCAUUGAAUUACCUCAUUUAAAAAGUUGUAUGUCAAAAGAAAUUAGCCAAAAUACUUGCAUAAGCUUGAUGCUUAUCAAAUACCAAACCUGCCUAUAUUGUGACACUGAACUUUAUGAAGUAUGCCAAUUGUGCUUUUAAAUGAACAAGAGUACUGGAUAGUAUUGUGCUCCAUAUCUCGACACAUGUGCAUUCAUCUCUUUGUAUUGUCAAGAAUUUGUUCACUUCAAGUUAUCAAUGCCAUGUAGGUAUAUAAGUAAUUACAGUACAUCUAAUAAUCCCUAAAAUUUUGUAUAGCUUUCUUCAACGUGUAAGAACAAUGCUUUCUUCCGUCCUUUCGUAACAAAUUUGGUUUCCAAUCGAUAACUUCAGUAAUGUUUGACGGAUUUUAAUUAAAGACCGUCACCACUACUGGGCCAGAAGAGCCAUCGAGGUCAC